CAAGGUGUGGCAGAGACUGUGAUGUGCCACAGUGGUAGAAGACUGGGAGAUCAUCAAGGGAGCACAGGGCAAACCUUUGCCUGUUGAAGUGCUGGGAUUGAAUCAUAUUGGAAGAUUUAAAUUAGUGUAGGAGUCUAGUUGAUUCUCGUCGGCAAAGAAGAUCUCCAAGAGCAGAAUGGAGUCUCCGUGUGUCUUUUUCCUAAUCCUGACCACGAUGGCUUUUACAGAUUCGGUGCAAAGCCAAACCAUCCAGGCUUCUAUGAACCCAGUGCCAGUGGGCGACAACGUGACUCUCAGCAGCAGCAUCCCCGUUACCCUGGGGGCAUGGACGUUCAACGGAGAUCUCCUGGUGUUCAUUUAUCCUGGAAAUUUCCGUGUUAAGUGAAAAUAAGACAGACGGGAUGAUAUUUAAUACCACCACUUCCUCUUUGACUAUAACAUCUGCAAGACUACAGCACUCUGGAUUGUACAAGUUAGAGCAAAUGAAUGAGUUUUCUGUUCAGUUCCAACUGUCAGUCCAAGAGCUAAUUUCAAAUGUGACUCUGUCAGCACAAAGAGCAGAUCUGGUGGAGUUCAAUGACACAGCAGUGUUCAUGUGCUCGGUGUCCACCGGCACGUCUUUGUCUUAUAAAUGGUUGGCUGGAAAUUCAACGAUAUCCAGCGGGGCAGAUGUGCAGCUCAGCAAUGAUGGGGCCAUUCUUACCAUGACCAAGUUGACCCGCCUUGAUAAGGGGCCAUACAGGUGCAAUGUGUCUAAUGGACUUGGGUUUGAAGUCAGCCCCCCGGUUUCUCUGAACAUCAACUAUGGUCCAAGCAAUACAAGCAUAACUGUGAUGCCUGUAAAGUACAUGUACAGAUCAGGAUCUGACAUCUCACUGUCAUGCUGGACGGAUUCCAAACCCACAGCCAUGAUCCACUGGAUGUUUGAUGAAGUCCUCCUUAACCAGUCCGGUUCACAGCUUGAACUGCAGAAUGUUAACAAGAACAACUCAGGAACUUACAAAUGUGUCGCUCACAACCCGGUCACAAUGAGGUUCAGCAGUACUAGUACAGAGAUCCGAGUGAUGGAUCCUAUUACAGUAGUUGUCAUAAGUUUCACCAGUGGCCCAGCAGUACUCGACGAGACGUUUACUCUGCAGUGUGAAGUGACUGGACCAGUUGGUAGCAUCCAUUGGGAGAAAAAUGGUCAUCCUGUUGCUCCAAACAUGACAACUGUCUUUGGCAUGGACAACAAGACUCUGACUCUGAGUGCAGUCCAAUUUUCUGAUGCCGGACAAUAUAAAUGCCACGCUUUUAAUCUUGUGAGCAAUAUGUCCAGCGGCCCGUUUGAUGUUCAAGUCAACUAUGGACCAAAGAAGCCAACCAUCAUGGGACCAAACGUGGUAAAGUCAGGAACCAAUGUUACGCUCAGCUGCAAUGCAGAAUCCGUUCCACCGAGUCUCUACAAGUGGUACUUCAACGGUGAAAUGCUCUCUAACAUGUCUGAGUAUAUGACAGCUUCUCUCACCCAAGAAAUGAGCGGGAAUUAUAUCUGCAUGGCCCUGAACCACAUCACUGGCAAAAACAGUACUGCCAGCAUAAUGCUUACAGUCGUUGAUCCAAUACAAAAUGUAAAGAUAGAACAGAGUAACCCUGCCGUUGAGGGUAAUUUACAUGCUUUAACUUGUAACAUAACUGGCCCUGCUGAUCAUAUUUACUGGAUGAAGGAUGAUAAACCCUUACAUUCGGACAACAGAACAGUUUUCUCCAUGGAUAACGUGACAGUGACGUUUCAGACACUGAACCGUUCUGAUGCCCGACACUAUCGGUGCCUGGCAAUAAAUGCUGUUGGAAACAUGAGCAGUGAUUCUUACAAGCUGCUUGUCAACUAUGGACCAGAAAUGCCAAUCAUCAUGGGACCAAGGGUGGUAAAGACAGGAGACAACGUUACCCUCACUUGCAAGGCAGAAUCUGUUCCAGUGAGUUCAUAUAAAUGGUUCUUCAAUGGUUCUCUAGUCUCCAACAUGGCUGUGUACAUGGCACCUCCUCUAAGAAAGGAGAUGAGUGGGAAGUAUGUCUGCGAGGCCUUCAACAGCAUCUCUGGGAAGAACAGCAGUGCCAGCAUAAUGCUAACGGUUAUUGAUCCAAUACACAAGGUGGAAAUAGCAGCACCAAUGAAUUCUGCCAUGGAAAAUGAUUCAUAUAAUUUAACAUGCAAUGUAGCUGGGCCUGCUGAUCACAUAUACUGGAUGAAAAAUGGAGAGCUGCUGCUUGCGGACAACAGAAUUGUUUUCUCCAUGGACAACAACACGGUCAUGUUAUUGGCACUGAGCCAUUCUGAUGCUGGAAACUAUCAAUGUAUGGCACUUAAUGCUGUGGGAAACAUGACCAGCGCCCAAUACAACCUGAUUGUCAACUUUGGACCAGAAACACCCGUCGUUUAUGGCCCACAUUUCGGGGCAAAAGGGCAUGAAGUGGUCUUUAACUGUUCUGCCAACUCGAUUCCUCCCAGCACCUACACUUGGUGGUUCAACGAUACUUUGGUGGCCAAUACCUCCAGCUUCAUAGCUGGGCCUCUAACCUUCAACAUGAGUGGCAAAUACACAUGCAUGGCCCACAAUCAUGUGACCGGAGCGAACAGCACCAAGGCCACAAUGCUCACCGUCAUAGAGGCGAUAGAGUCAGCGAUGAUCCAAAGCAACUCAACUCCAAUAAACAAUGAAAACUUUACCCUCACAUGUGCCAUUGUUGGACCUUAUGACGCCAUCUACUGGAUGAAAGAUGGGAUGCAGCUCAACAUGAAUGCCUCCAACACAGACCCAUUCCCGUAUAAUAUGGAAGAGAACAUGCUGCAUUUCACCCCACUGACAAUCCAAAGUAAUGGGACCUAUGAGUGUGUUGCUACCAAUAAGGCUGUUCAUCACAAGAGUCCCAAGUACCCACUUCUGGUAAUCUAUGGCCCAUUGAAUGUGUCUAUCUCUGGCCCAGAGUCUGCAAAAAAUGGCACCCCGGUGUCUCUGACAUGCUCUGCUGAUUCUCAGCCUGAGUGUGACUUCCACUGGUUCCUAAACAAUCAGUCCACAUCCCUCAGGAAUGGAUCUUUCAUUAAUUUCUCUGCAACUAGAGCACAAAUAGGGAACUACGUCUGUGUCGCAACAAACCCAGUGACGAACAUCUCGAUGAGGCAAACCAAAUCUUUUGCCAUUGCGGAUCAUGCCUCUACAAUAUACAUCCCAAACAAGGGAGCUUUACUGCUCCUGGGUCUGUAUACUUUCUUUGCCCCCCUGCUGUCCCUGUGAGUCCUGCCGUCCUCCCUGACAGACUACUUGCUUCUGCUGAAGUCUUCAACAUCAAUCUCUUAACUACUGCAAUAAUUCAAUAUGCUCUUUAGUUUUUAAGUUAAAUUUGUGUAAUCCUUUGCAAAAUAUGUCAGAUUCUCUAGUGCUUUCACUGUGUUACUUUUAUUACUGGUUGAGGAAGUUUAGCCAUAGUAUAAGGCAUGUCUACACUGUUUUACAAGAAUCACAAGUGCAAUGUUUUAAAACACCCUGCUAAUUCUUCAGUGGAAAUUACUAUAUUAUGACACUUUUCCUAGUUAAGUAAUGUAUUAUUUACACAUUACCUAAAUUCAUAUAGCUUUCGUUAAUGGAUCUAAUCAUCAAAAAGAAACAAAAACAAUGAUUAUAUAUAUUUUAUUGACAAGAUUAUAAGUUUUGAGUUAACAAAUAUUUGUCAGCGUCAUGUUAUGAAUACAUUCUUUAAAAUGAAACUUUGUAUACAAAAAACAACAACUUACAAAUAAAGACAUGAUAUGAAAUGAAAAA